ACUAUCGAUAACUAUUACUAUUACUGAUUUAUAGUGAUAUAACUAACUAAUUAUCACAACAAUGACAGAGAUAACGAGUGCCAACUUUGAACAAAUGUUUCCCAUUAUAUAUGAAGACAUAAGACAGUCGUCUUUUAUCGCCAUCGAUACAGAGAUGACAGGACUGGUAUGCGACAAGUCAUGUACUCCCAGUUUGUUUGAUACAUUGGAGGCCAGGUAUUCAAAGCAACGGCGAUCGGCCAACAAAUUUAUUGUCUGUCAAUUGGGUCUCUCAUUGUUUAUGAGGGACUAUAAGAGCAACUCAUAUGAAGCCAAAACUUACACAUUUUAUUUGUGUCCGCGAUCUCUGAAUUGCCGAAGAGCUGACUUUUCCUUUGAUAUGUCAGCCAUUGAAUUCUUAGCCUAUAAUCACUUCGAGUUUGACAAAUUUGCCAAACUUGGGAUCAACUAUUUGAAUGAAAUCGAAGAACAAAACCUUAUCAACAGAUUUGAUGAUUUUCUUGACAUUGAUUUUAUUGAUUGUCCGAUAAGAUAUGAGACUUGCAGUCAUCAGGUUUCUGAAUGGCUAAACAAGAGAUCGUCUGACAAAGACUGUGGCAAUCAAUUGAUUUUGAAAUGUUGGCCAACAGUUAAUCCAUUAGUUAAUUAUGUAUUUAUCAAACAAUUACGAAAUAAUUUUCCCACUGUUUGGGUUCAAGAAAUGAAUGGCAAGUUUAUUGUGCGACCAAUUGAUGUGAAAGAAAGAGCUAAUCUCUUAAAAGAAGACGGAUCUGAAAGGGAACAAGUGAUCGAUAAAAUGAUUGGUUUUUCUAAAGUCUUCAAAUGUUUAAUUGACAUCAAACGACCAAUUGUUGGACACAAUAUGCUAAUGGAUUUACUCCUUAUGUAUCAUAAUUUUUAUAAACCACUUCCAAAGAAAAUGAAACAAUUCAUGUCAUCACUUCAUUCGAUAUUUCCAUACAUUUUUGACACCAAAUGUAUGAUAUUUAAUGAGAAACAGAAUUUGAAUGAAUUUGCAUACAUUUUCCGGAGCCCUUCGUUAGGUGAAGUCUAUGCAAAACUUAAAGAUGACGAUAUGGUCAAUGCAUUUCCUGGUACACCAAUGGUCUAUCAAAAAACAAAUGAAAAUAAUAAAGCCAUUGAUACUUAUUCCCCACAUAACGCUGGUUUUGAUGCAUUUGCUACUGCUUUUGUUUUUCUAAAAGUUAGCCACAUUUUAUUAGUGAAAAACUCUGGCGAUGGUAACGAAAUUCAAGAUCACGUCUUCUUUGAUAUGUUAAAAGUGAUUGAAAAUCAUGUCAACAAAAUCAAUCUAAUUCGCGCUAAUUUCCAUUACUUAUCUAUUACGGGACCAAAUCCUUUAGCUAAAUCCAAAUGGCUUUUCGCACGAAAGCGUAACAAAUAUUCAAAGUUUAAUUUAACAACACUGACAUCAAAGUUGGCAGAACACGGAACCGCUGACAUCAAAGUGAUUGACACAAACAGUUCGGUAUUGAUUGCAACCAAUAGUCAUAAAAUGGCGAAGACAAUUGUAGAAAUCUUCCGGACCGACGCUAACAUAAAAGUGUCCGAUUAUAAUGUCUACAAACAUAACAGGACUAUGAGAUUAUUUUUAUGGUCUGUUCUUACUAUUUCAUCUGGUUUUACAGCAAUGCUGUCCAUACGUUUGAUUAAAUACCUUAAACAAUGA